AUGCAUAACCAGCAACUCAAAGCAUUGGAGGGCGACGCCGUGACUGACUCUUUGCCAGUUGUGAUUGGAAACAAUGGUCAUAAAGACGUUAACAUUCCACAUGGUUCAGAUGACAUGUCGACGUAUAGCAAAUUUUUGACUAUAUAUUCCAGAUGCCCUGAGACGUAUAUGCUUUAUAAUGCAGAAGUUAAGCAAAACACCAAUUUUGAUACCAAAUGGGAUGAGUUUGCGGCUGUGUUAAAGAAUACUAAAGGAGUUAAAAAUUCCAAUUGUAUUGUUGAGUAUAUGAUUCCUUCUUCUGAAGCUGAGAAAUUUAUCGGCAUCAGCGGUGUUGCUAUCAAGGUUUCGGAAUACGUAAAGGACGGCGAAGAGCAGGUACGUGGUGCAGUUACCACUGUUGAAAACGAGAAUGAGUUCAAUGAUUGGUUUAUUUGGCAUAUCUUAGAUCAAGCAAGAUUGGACAACAGUGCUUUGCCAAAGAGAAAUAUAGCUGUUACGGAAGGCAAGGACUAUGCCAAGAUGGUGACGGACUUCUUUGCGUCCGAAUUGAAAAAUGCAAUCAAGGAAGAUGAGUGGGGCUUGGGAGGCUAUGAAUAUUUCAUGAAUAGAGUCAAGUACUACACUGAUAGGAAUGCCAGAAUCGAGGCAGUUUUGCCUGCCUUCCCUUGUAAGUCAUCUAACAUGCAGAAGGUCAAUGGUAAGUUGCCAGACAAGGGUGAAGAGUUCGCUUUGAGAACAUUGUUAAAAUUUGCAGAAGAUGUGUGUGCCUUUUACCCUCCUGGUAUGAAGGUCUGGAUUGUCAGUGACGGCCAUGUUUUCAGCGACUGUAUCGGUGUUGACGACGAUGAAGUUGACAAUUUCACUGCUAAUUUACACAAGCUUUAUAAGGGUAUUGCUAAGAAGGAUAAUAAUAUGAUUGGGUUCUACGGUUUGAAGGAUGUUUUCUUUAAUGGUGCAGCAGCUGGAAAAUUUGACACCAACUGGGUCUCAGAUGUUGAAGUGGACCAUUACUGUGGUACCAAAAUCUGCCCAGACUCUGAGUUAUGCAGGAAGAUCCUAAUAAAGGGCUGCGAUACCGAUGAUGGAAGGUUAAGAAAGCAAAUUGAAAUCCCAGACCACCCAAGAUUGCACUUGUAUCGCGGGUUCUCCAGAUUUAUGGCAGAAGACUUGUGCUUGUUACCAUUCUUCCAAAAUGUAUCGCGUAAAUACUUCAAAAAGGCCGUCUGUAAGGUUGCUUUCAACAUGAUUAAGCGUAACGAUGCUUACUCCAACUUGGUUGAAUUGGUAUUUCCACAUCAUUUGAGAUUGUCCAUUCACGCUCACACCAAUGCCGGUCCUAAAUUUGGUGUCAAGGUUGUUUCUCCAAAGAUCUGUAAAACUGUAAAAUCCUUGGACUCAGACGAUGUACCAACUUUUGAUGACUUAUUGCACAUUCCUACGCCAUGGCACAACUGUGUUGUUCGUAUUGGAGAUGACUAUUACUUAGCGAAGAACAAAGUCGUUACUGACGCCUUGGAAAGUGGAAGAUAUAAAGGUGAGUGGAAAGAAGGUGAUAUCUCUCGUGGAGAGGGUGGCCACUGGGUUAUUAAUAGGGUUUAA